AUGGCUGCCAAACUCAUCCUCCCGCUGCUCAGCCUGUCUGUCUUCUACGCCAUUUUCUACUUCGCCGAAAUCAAUGGCGCCAACAAGCUAGUCAAGGCGUCCAUCGCCGCCGGGAAGCUCCCCACCGUCGACGCUCCCCUGCGCAAAGUCUACACCGGCGUCGCUCCUCUCGAUGAGCUGCUUACUCUCUUGACCGUCUUCUUCUGGCCCACCACCGACGGAAGCGACGUGUCUCUACUGGUGCACUCCAUCGGAUUCUCAGGCACCUUCGGCUCCGCCUGGGUGCUCGUGUGCCUCGAGGCCUGGAGAAGAGGAAACGCCUGGACCCUGUCUGCGUUCCCCGUCGUGCUCGGUCUCGCCGCACAGGUCCUGACCUUCGCCUUCGCCGCGCCUCUCUACGGCGCAAUCCAGCUCUUCACCUCCGUCACAGCCACCAAGCCAACAGCCGAGAACAUCCGCGUUCCACGCGCAGUCCUCCGCGCCAUCCCAUUCGUCUUCUUCAUCGGGUACAUGAUCCCGUCCUUCCUCCUGCUCGCCCCGGAAUCCGAGCACGUCACCACAGACCUUAAGCAGAUCUUCAUCGCCAUCUGGCAGCCGUGGCCCGCCUACGUCUCGAUCCUCCUCACGGUCGCCCACAUCUUCUGCUCCCCAUUCACAAACAACGACCACACCGUCGAAGGCGGCCGCGCGACCCUCCGCGCCCUCCGCUGGGUCUACGCUUUCGCCUUCGCAAACACAACCGUCAACCACCUGAUCUCAUGGAUCAUCCCCCUCGCGACCCUCGCAGAGCCCCGCUUCUUCAAGGAGGAGUAUCUCGCCGCCCUGCACCCCUGCACUGUCUUCGCGAUCCCCAAGCCGUGGGAGGCCGGCGCUGUCGUCGACACUGUCGGUGCUGGCGUGCACGCGUUCCUGCGCUGGGAUUAUAUCAUCGGCUCGGCGGGUGUGUUGAUCUGGGCUGUGAGCUUGUACCGCGCUGCCCACCGCGUUGUGUAUGGUCGCGCGGGCUGCGUCGGGCUUUUCGUCAAGGUUGCUGCGUUGUCGGCGUUGAGUGGACCGGUUGGUGCUGCUGUUGAGUUGAUGUGGGAGCGGGAUGAGCUGAUUAUCAAUGAGACGGGAGGAUUGAAGAGGGCUGCUCCUGCAGGGAAGAAGAAGGCGUAG